AGGCCUGUAUCUAGCAUUAGUCUAUUCCUUAAUCUCUGCAAAAUGCUUAUUUUUCUCAAAUUUUGGAAUCUAGCUGGUUUAGAUUCUUUAAUAAGAAACAGGAUUACCUUUUUGCUGUUCUCUUUUCUUUCUUUUUCUUUCAUUUCUUUUGUUCUCUUUUAACCAUGCGACUUUGGAAGCUUCGGACUUUGUCUGGGGGCAAGAGAUGCAUGGAUUUGUGGAUGCAGUCCUUAGAGAGGAUGAUCCAGUUGGUGAGUGUAGUCUUGCACAGCAACAGCAGCAAGAGGAUUAUGGGAUUGAAACUGCGGGGGAAACUUCUGUAGAGGAGAAUGUGUCUGGUUCAUUUCAAAGCAUGGUAAACGCCAUGCACGAAGGGCCCCUAGCUCCGGCCAUGGAAGAACGUGUGGGAGAGGCACCAAAGAAAACUUAUGCUUCUGUUUUGCGAGGAUCUAAAGGACAGCCUGGACCAUCAUUUUCUGCCCGGCCAUCUUUACAGAGAAGUUCCCCGGCUACUUCAGAGUGGAAUCAUACACCACAGCCUGCUGCUCAGCAUUCAAACUCUACAUUGUCAUUUGUGCCUCAAGCUAGCGUAGAUGCGGUGGAAUCUUUACAUGGAAGUUCCCCCGCUACUUCAGAGAGGAAUCAAACACCACAACCUGAUACUCUGCAUUCAAACUCUACAGUAUCAUUAGUGCCUCAAGCUAGGGUAGAUGUGGUGGAAUCUUUACACCGAAGCUCCCCUGAAACUUCAGAGAGGAAUCAAACACCACAGCCUGCUGCUCGGCAUUUAAACUCAACACUGUCAUUAGUGCCUCAAGCUAGGGUAGAUGCGGUGGAAUAUUUAUACAGAAGCUCCCCCGCUACUUCAGAGAGGAAUCAAACACCACGGCCUGCUGCUCUGCAUUCAAACUCAACACUGUCAUUAGUGCCUCAAGUUAGGGUAGAUGCGGUGAAAUCUUUACAAGGAAGCUCCCCUGCUACUUCAGAGAGGAAUCAAACGCCACAGCCUGCUGCUCAGCAUUCAAACUCAACACUGUCAUUAGUGCCUCAAGCUAGGGUAUAUGCGGUGGAAUCUUUACACGGAAGCUCCACCGCUACUUCAAAGAGGAAUCAAACACCACAGCCUGCUGCUCUGCAUUCAAACUCUACAGUGUCAUUAGUGCCUCAAGCUAGGGUAGAUGCGGUGGAAUCGUUACACGGAAGCUCCCCUGCUACUUCAGAGAGGUAUCAAACACCACAGCCUGCUGCUCAGCAUUCAAACUCUACAUUGUCAUUAGUGCCUCAAGCUAGGGUAGAUGCGGUGGAUGAGGGCUUGCCAGUAGAAAAAGAAGGUGAACCGAAAUCUGUCUAUGUGAUGAACUUGCCUCCUACCGUUGCCAAAAAAAAAAUCAGGAAGAAAUUCAAGAAAUUCGGCCAAAUAAUACCCAAUGGCAUCUUGAUUAGGUCACAGAAUGAAAGUUGCUAUGCUAUGGUCGAGUUUGAAGACCUUAUUAGCAUCCAAAAUGCACUCGAGGCAUCUCCAAUACAAUUGGCUGGAAGUGAAGUCUACAUUAUAAGGAAGAUGCCAGUCGAGAUCAGUACUUAUCAAGCAGGAAGAAGGGGUAGAGGAAGAGGUAGAGGAAGUGACCAAAUGGUUGUCACAGGGGGAAGGUUUGAACUACUGGGAUGCUACACGGGAGAUGAUUAGGAUAGUGGUGGAUACAACAGACUGAGAGGCAAUGAUUCUUAUUAGCGUGGUUAGUGAUGAUGAGACGAAAAAGCCUUGGGCAAUCAUUCAUGGGUCAAGCAUUUUCCUUCAUGGUUCCAGGAAAUAUGUUGUAGUUUUUCAGAUGUGCCAUUUUACGUGACUGGAUUGUCGAGAAGCUUGUUUCUUAUUGUAGUCAAACGGUUUUUUUUUUUUCUUUUUAGUGACAAACAUUUCGUUAGUUUCAUGAUGAAUGAAGAGGAAUCGUUGCUGUUCUUUUCAUUGU